AAGCUACCAUUGCAAGGACAAUUAACUUUGUUCAGCCAUCGCUUUGCUUGAUACCCUUCUUGUUCAGAGCCUACGUGAUUAAGCUAAGCCUGGUUUAAUAUUUCGAGAUCGGUAACGACGAUCGAUCGAACGCCGCAAUGGACGUCGUCGUCGAGAGCCCGCCGGUGAGGGACGAGAAGAAAGUCGACGUCGCCGCGAUUGGAGGCGCGCCUCCAAUAGUCUUUGAGAGUUUUGCACCAUCGACGCAGAGAGAUUCAACCAUCAUCAAGAAGGAGGAGAAGAUGGAGGCAGCGAAGGCGGAGAUGGGCGAGGUGAGGGAGGAGAACGAGCGGCUCAAGACGAUGCUCACACGCAUCGUCAGCGACUACAAGUCGCUGCACACGCACUUCCUCGACGUCGUCAAGGUCAAGGAGCAAACGGCGGCGGAGCUCUCCGGAGACGACGACGACGACGAGCCCGACGACCUCGUCUCCCUGAGCCUCUGCACGAGGCCCAACGCCGCCGCGACGCGCCGGAAGGGCCACGAGAGGACGCCGUCGUCCGGCGGCGGCGGCGACGACGGGCGGCUGUCCCUCGGGCUGAGCUGCGCUCGCGGCGGCGUUGCCUCCGACGACGACGACGACAAGCAGGCGAGCCGCCGCGCGUUGCCGCCGAUGCCCGUGCUGAACCUCAGCUCCGACAGCAGCGGGGACGCCGCCGGCGCCGGCGCCGGCGAGCCUACCCAGCCGAACAAAGCGUCCAGGAGCUCGAGCGGCGGCGGCGAUGGCGCCGACGACGAGGUGCUGCAGCAGCAGCAGGCCAAGAAGGCUAGGGUUUCCGUCAGAGUCAAGUGCGACACCCCCACGAUGAACGAUGGGUGUCAGUGGCGGAAAUACGGGCAGAAAAUCUCAAAGGGGAACCCUUGCCCGCGCGCCUAUUACCGUUGCACCGUUGCACCCAACUGCCCUGUACGCAAGCAGGUGCAGAGAUGCGCGGACGACAUGUCGAUCCUGAUCACGACGUACGAGGGCACGCACAGCCACCCGCUGCCGCCGGCGGCGGCGGCGAUGGCGUCCACAACGUCGGCCGCGGCGGCGAUGCUGACGUCUGGCUCGACCAACUCCACGAUGCACGGCAGCGGCGGCGUUCACCACCACCUGCCGUUCGCCUCGGCCGUCGGCGGCGGCGGCGGCGUCGGGCUGCUCGGCCCGACCACCAUCUCCACCGCCACGUCCUGCCCCACCGUCACGCUCGACCUCACCGCGCCGCACUCGCUCCUGCACCCGUCGUCGGCGUCGCCCUACGCCGCCGCCGCCGCGGGGUACGAGUCCAGCAGGGCGCUGCCGGCGGCGUGGAGCAGCGGGUACCUGGCGUACGGCGGCGCGGCGGCGGCGCAGCCAUACUACGCCAAGGGCGUUGCGCCGUCGCCGUUCGGCCAUCAUUUCGGCAUGAUGGGCAUGGCGGCGGCGGCGGCGAGGCCGGCGCCGGAGCAGCUGUUCGGCGGCCAGACGACGUCGCCGUACCUGCAGAGAGCCAUCGGCGGCGGCGGCGUCGCGCCGGCGGCCGUGACGGACACGAUCGCGAAGGCGAUCACGUCGGACCCGAGCUUCCAGUCGGUUUUGGCGGCGGCGAUCACGUCCUACAUGGGGCGCGGCGGCGGCGCGGCGGCGCCGAACAAGUGAAGCAAGUUCAUAAAAUUGAUCUAAAUUUUGUUUAGAUAAUCAAUUAGAUGGUAAUAAUUGCUUGAUUUGUUCUGCUAUACGUACGUAUUAGUCUCCUAAUUGGCAAAUUGAUGUACAUAGAGUACAGUAUAUAUAAGCAUGCACAAGCGUGAGAUCACUCAAUUGUAUAUGCACUAUGUGGGGGGAAACAAAUUAAUUCAAAAUGAGGCUUUUGAUUUCCAGGCUUCAAGGAGCUA